GCAGCGUGUCCGUGUAUCUACGUCGAGUUCUGUGUUUGCCCCGUACAUAAGAAACUUCAAAACAAAGAAUGUAAAAUGUAAACUUAUAAGUAUCCUCAAAGAGAGCAUAGCAGCUGAAAAGGAAAAAGAAGAGAGAAAAAAACGAGCUGUAUACAUAAAGCACAUCUCAGGAACGAGUUUUCUCUGCGUGCUUGCUCGAUACGAUUGAGGCCUGGUGGCAAAUAGAAGAAAGUUUCGUGCGCUUUAAAAACCCCAGGAUGAGAGGCGUAAAUAUAACUUCUCGGGCGUUGAAAACACUCGCGUGCUUUUGAGAGUGCGAGAGAUUUAUCAGUGGAGAUAAACUUUUGAAUAUUGAUGUGUGAAUAUUUUCGCAACCGUGAUAUUUUGUGAAUGCAAAAUAUUGAAAAUGUCUUAUGCAUUCAAAUUUCAUUUCAUAAAUUGUGAUAGAGUUAUAAUUCAAUUCAAAUAUGGAAGGUGAAACAGAUCCUAGAGAACAAUUGUUUCAAAAUACAAUCAGAGAAUACACUAUAUGUUUAUUACUUUUUCUAAUUCUUUAUACAUUGAGCUACAUUCUCAUCAACCGGCUAAGACCAGGAGGUGGUGAAGAUUAUUAUGAAAAUGAUGACGAUGAUGUAUUAGUAUAUAGAAUUAGCUUAUGGCUAUGUGCCACAGCACUAGCCAUAUCAAUAGGUGCUACUUUGUUACUACCAGUUUCAAUUGCAAGCAAUGAAUUUUUGCUAUUGUAUCCAGAUAGCUGCAAUGUAGAAUGGUUAAAUAGCUCUCUUAUUCAAGGAUUAUGGAAUUUUAUAUUUUUGCUGUCCAAUCUUUCUCUUUUUGUAUUUUUACCAUUUGCAUAUCUAUUCACAGAAUCAGAAGGUUUUCUUGGAAACAAAAAAGGUGUUAUGGCCAAAGUGUAUGAGACAAUAACAAUAUUGAGUUUACUGGGAGCUAUGAUUUUAGGCAUGACUUACAUUUUAUCAGCUGUUCUUGAUCACCAGAAAUCAAGUCUUCACAAUUUUUUUAAUUUGUGGAAUUAUUAUUUGACAUUUUUAUACUCUUGUGUCUCGUUCAUCGGAGUUGUAAUGCUUUUGCUUUGCACUCCGAUUGGAUACGUAAAAUUAUUUGGCAUAGUAGGAUCUUUACUUGUGAAACCACAAUUUUUAAAAAAUAUAGAUGAGGCAUAUUAUUCACAUAAGUUUGAAGAAGAAUUUAUUCUAUACAGAUUAAAAUCUGGCGAAAAUGGAGGGAAAGUGGAGACAUUAAAAAUUUGUCCUGAACUUUAUUAUGAUGGACUUGAAAUCCUUGACGUAGACAAUGAUAGUUCUACAAGUGCAACCGAAUUAACACCAGAUGACAAUACCUCAUAUAACCAAAUGUUAAACAAACGUCUUCAAGCAAUACAAAAAAGAAAAUACGAACUCGACAAACAGCGUCAGACUGGGUGGGUGCGAAGAACAUUCUUUUACCCGGUAUCAAUGCUCGCAUUAUUGAUGUUUUCAAUGACAACAGGCUUAAUAACUCUGCAAAAUACUCUACAAUUACUUGUUGGUAUUAAGGCCCUACCAAUUAGUACAAGUAAAUUUACAUUAGGAAUAAGUUCGUUAUCAAAACUAGGACCUCUCGGCGCAGGAAUCCAAGUGAUUUUGAUUUUAUAUUUAGCUGUGACAAGCGCCGUUGGUCUGUAUUCCCUUCCAGGAUUUGAAAAAGUUCGUCCAGAGCUGCAUUCAACGCCAAUCACUCAUCUUAUAGCUAAUUGCGCAGCAUUAGUUGUAUUGAGUUCAGCUCUUCCAUUACUUUCACGUAUGAUAGGUAUAACGAAUUUUGAUUUGCUCGGUGAUUAUGGAAGAAUCGAGUGGCUAGGCAGUUUUAAACUUGUUUUAAUUUACAAUGUUAUAUUUGCGUUAACCGCAAUCAUUUGUUCGGUAACUAAGUUUUCUGCUGCUGUACGAAACGAAGUAUGGACGAAGCUACGUAGCUGCUUCCGUACCAUUUUCAGAAAAAAAACCAAUAGACAUUCUGUGACCAACAAAUUGUACGCCAAAGAAGACUAAUUUAUUAAUUAAAUAAGAAAACGUUCUUGUAUAUAUGUGUAAAUAUACAUGUAUUUAUAUUUAUAUAUAUAAAUCGUGUACAUACAUUUAGAUAGUCUUCAGAUGUUGAAAUUUAACGGCGUUUUUUAAAAAAAAACUUCAUCUAACGGUGUACGUUAAAACUGUGAACCAUAUCAAGUCAUUAUUAAUUAUUUUAAAAGUGAUCCUGUACAUAUUCUUAUUUAUAAGUGAUUUAAACACUACAUGUGACUGUUGCUGUGAUGUUGUAGAUUUAAAAAAAUGCAACCUCAAUACGCCGUCAAUGUAUGAAAAGAAAUAAAAAUAUUUUUAUCUGAUAAUGCUUGUGAAUACGUGUUAAACGUUCAAAGCGUGUAUACCAUUUAUAAAUUAUAUUAAGAACUCAAUCUUAUUAAAAUUGUUGUAUUUUUAACAUUAUCCAUCUUACGAAAAUUAAUUUUCUAUUGCAUCAAGACGGAAAAUUAAAAUUAUAGGUUAAAGCAAACAAUUGGUAAAAAUUAUGCUGCUC